AUUGACCCUAUAGGGAAAAUAGAGAGAUAGAAAAGAAAACAUAGAACUAGGACAUUUUGAGUCCGGAAAAGAAGAGUUAUAGAAGUCUUAGAGGCUGGUGUUAAAUACGAUCGUGUUCGCGGAAGUGCUCGCCCCUCGUUGAUUCAUCCCGUUUUAAGUAACAUUGAAAUCACCACUUUGCGAAAACUGGUAAUACUGCUCCUUUUCGUUGUUGGUCGCAUAAUGAUCUUGAACAUAUUCUUCUGUUUUGUUUUGUGAUCAUAAGCCAGAUAAUCGUUAACUAUUGCAUCUUGUUGAGUUUUGAUCAUAUGCUUAACUUGUUCAUUGUCGUCCUACCCUACAUGGUGAUCGAACUAGCUCUAUAAUUAUUUGUUGCAUCUUUGUGAGCAUUACAGUUAGGAUCGUCAUAGCCCAUAUAGCCUCCUGUCUUGCAUUUUUCUUUACAUCGGUAUUUAUUAGUAUAUGCUAUUUCAUAAUCUCUAGUCAACUGUUUUAGGAAAGCAUCUCAUAAGCAUCUAGUGUAGGGAUAUCGCACGUACAUCAUUUUAGUUGCAUCCCAUGAUAAAAAUCAUUAAUGAGCAUUUGUUCUUCAUCCGUGGUUGUCGUUAAUUAGUGUAUUGCAUUAGUUGUCCACGUUUCCUAAGUCCUUUUACGUAUCAAUAUAUGCAUAGUGGUCAAAUGACAUCCAUCUAGUUCGUGGAGUAGCUAGGUCUCAGAACUGUUUGAUGCAAAUCAUGAUGAUCUCCUCUGUGUUCGAUAAUAAUGAUGAUUGAUGAGUGGAAUUGAAAAUAAUAAUAAUAAUAAUUAUUGUUUGAAUAACUAAUUGGUCUUGUUUAAUUCUAGCACGACGCCAUAAUAAUAAUAAUAGUUUCUCAAUAAUAAUAAUAAUAAUAAUUUUUAUAUUUUGGUGAUUAUAAUAAUUUUCUUGAUUUGAUGGGGUUCUGUUUCCAUUUUACAGGAUUUGCUGCGUUGUUUAAUAAUUCAAUUAGCAUUCAUAAUUUGAUGUAUUUAUUUCAUUAUUUGUUAAUGCAAGUUAGAAUCCUAAAAUUCCGAUUAUAAAGUAGAGGCCAAUUUUCGGAUUGGACGGGCUAGGUGCCUCACACCUUUCUAGUCCGUAUCUUGAUUCGUGAAAUUUUCUCUGUUUUGGACCAGUGCUAUUUUGGGUCCCAACUCCCUAAGUUGGGUGGGGGAUUUCCUUUAUUAAUAAUUUUCCACGUGAUUCCCAUUUCGGAUACUUAGAGAUCUUAACCGAUUUCGACGGUAUCUACAGUGGCGACUUCACUGGGAACUUGAAAAUAUAACUUGAAACGUAAUUGGGAUUUUAGGGUUUUAAUUUUACACAGCUUGGUAUUUGCGCACACACACACAUUUGCAUUACAUUUUGCAUCGUCAUACGUCCGAUUCUUAGAAAAACAAGUGGCUAGUAAGCUGAACCCGUGCCUUGGGCCUUAUGGGAGUUACCAGCUGAACCACAACAAGCCUUUGCCCGGUACCAAAGAAGACUAGUCUAACUACGUCCGAGGUAUAUAAUGCUAAGGAACACGAGCAUAAAAUCUGAAUUGAAUAUUGAUGCUGGGCAUUCUCUUGGUUGUGCGAACAAUUCCAACAAAUGUUGGAUACCAAAUUCUCAGAAUAUGAAGAUAUGAUGGAGGUUGAGAUCAAGAAGUUGACUCUUGAGGCCGUUACUGGGUCUCUAGGAAAAUAUGAGCAUGAUGCUGGUAAGGUGACUGACGGGUUAGCUGAUUUCUUUACAGAAGAACAUGAGGUAAGAACUAUAAAAGCAGACUCAAGUAAGACUUUCACUGAAAUACCCUGUUUUAAUCCAGUUAAUUCAAUUCGAUUAAUGGAAGGUCAGAAAUGCCCUUCAACCAUUCAUGUUGAAAAAACUUACCUGGUUGGAAAACCAGAGAAUUGUGUUAUUUCUAAAAAUAUUUCAGGAGAUCAAAAUAAUUUUGGAAACAAAAUAUUUGACUUGGAAAAAGAACACAAUGAUUCUGAUAAACCAACUCCCAACGACAAGGAAAUCUUCAAGUCGUUAGAUUACUUGGAACAAAAGCCAGAACCAGUCGAAGAAAAAGAGUCGGUCAAUCUGAUCAAUGAAGAUCAACCCCAAAUGGUCAAGAUCGGUACUACUUUGUAUAUGGAGGAAAGGAAAAUGAUGAUCGAAGGUAUGUCAGGGUUAGACAUAAACAUGAUCCCUGAAAUGAAGCAGAAGUUGUGCAAGCUCAGACAAGAAUGUUUUUUCGAAAAACAAGAUGAGGUGAUCAAGCCACGUGGGGAAGGCUUUCCGAUGGUUAUGAAUUAUUCAGAAAAAUUGGCUAGAAUGGUACCGGUCUCGAAGAAGUAUAAUAUGAUAAAGAUGACAGAAGAAGAUAGAAAGAAAACACAAACUAGUGAGGUGGUUUAUGGAAUAAAAGGAGUUUUUCCCAUUGAAAAAGAAGAAGGCAUAAUACCUAAAGAUGAACGGAUAAAGUCGACGGCUCAACAACUGAAUCUGAUCGACGAAAGGAAGAUACAUACUGCAAGUCAAGCCCAGUCUUACCAAGAGAGGAUGCCCCGAAAUGUAAACAAAAAACAUCAUCCACGAAGCUUAAAGGAAGUCAGACCUGUGAAAUACUUUGACCCAGGAGGAAAAUUCAAUUGGGAGGGUCCGAACAUCAUAGAAGUUCCAAACAUUAUCAAGAGCAGCUACCCAGGAUCCGCAGUCCGGUUAACUGAUUUGGACGGACGAGAAGAAUCGAAGGCAGCAAAUGCCGACCGACUAAAGAAAUACUACACCUUAGGUAAGUAAGUCUAUCUAAGGGCGGCGAACGCUCAUGAAACUUAAGGAGAUUUUUAGAAUUCCAAUAUCUCUCUCAUAGUGUCACGUAAAAGUCUAGCGGCAGAGUCGUCAUUUUAUUUUCCCCCUUCAGUCAGUCAGUAAAGUCUAUGGGAAAAGUCGUCAUCAUAUUAGGUCCCUUUAAUCAGUCAGUAAAAAAAAAGGAAAAAUGAAAAAAGAAAUGGUGAUGAAUUAUUAUUUUCAGUUUUAUAGUAUCAAAAAAAAAAUUAUCUAGGGGCACCGCCAUCGUCAUACUGGGCCCAUGUUGUUAGAGCAUUUUUCGGUCUUAAAGAGAGAUAUGUUAGUCCAUUUGUAUGUCAGUUUUAAUCCUGUAAGUCAUUUCCUAAAGUUCUAUGAGCAACGGACGUCCAAACGGGUAGAUUUGAAAAAAAAAAGAAAAAAAAAAGAAAAAAACGAAAAACGAAAAAAAAGGAAGGAAAAAUGAACAAAAAAAAAGAAAGUGUAGUUAAUAAACAGCCACUUGAAAAAAUUGGUCGGCAUUUGAAGAAGAAAAAUAAGCAUGGUCAAAGAAGAAUAAAGAGCAGUGGUCAACAUUUAAAGAAAUCUAUGAAGCGUGAUAAGUCAUAUGACGAAACAAAGAUAGAGAGAGGAAGCCAGCAUAUUUGUACUUGGAAAUUUUUGGUCAAAACAUCAAAUCGUUGGGAUGGUUGGAGGUGAUCGGAUGGACUCUUCUCAGAAUUCAACGGUAAUAGCAUAUUUCCAAUGUUCACUCUCCCACAUGGCAUAUCAGAGGAUAAGCUCAUUUGUAAAUUAGUUAAGUAUUUUUACUUUCAAUUUUAUAGGUUUUCUUUCAAAAAAAAAAAAAAAAAACUCUAGUUAUGUGGAAGCUGAUGAGGAAAAA